AUGUCGGAACAUCGAGCUCGAUACUCUCCUCCAUGGGCGGAUAUGACAAUUAUUGGAAUCGCUGGCGGUUCAGGGUCUGGGAAGACGUCUGUCGCUAUGGAAAUUAUCAACUGUCUCAACUUGCCGUGGGUGGUUAUUCUCGUUAUGGACUCGUUUUACAAAACUCUCACCCCCGAGCAGAAUGCUAUAGCGCAUAACGAUGAAUAUGAUUUUGACUGCCCGGAUGCGAUUGAUUUUGACGUCCUCGUGGACACCCUCCAGUCUCUUAAAAAGGGACAGAAGGUAGAAAUUCCCAUUUAUUCUUUUGAGAGACAUCAGCGGCAGAAAGAGACCAUGUCUCUAUAUUCCCCCCAUGUUGUCAUCCUCGAAGGAAUACUGGCCUUUACGGACCAAAGAGUAGUAGAUAUGCUGGAUAUUUUCGUGGAAGCUGAUAUGGACGUUUGCCUUGGCAGAAGAAUCCUGCGCGAUGUCCGCGAUAGAGGAAGGACGAUAGACAGCGUCAUCAAGCAAUGGUUUAAAUUCGUCAAACCAUCGUAUCUCCGAUAUGUUGAACCUCAGCGGCAUAUAUCUGACAUCAUAAUCCCUCGAGGCAUUGAGAACAAGACCGCCAUAGACUUGGUGGUCAAGCAUAUUCAGCGAAAUCUCCGAGAGAAGUCUGAAGCCCAUAACCUAGAGUUACAAAAACUGGGCAAACUAGUCGAAGAGCAACCUCUAUCCUCCAAUGUUCUUGUGAUGAAGCAGACUCCGCAAUUCGUCGGUAUAAAUACCAUUUUACAGGAUCCCCUGACGGAGCAAGUUGAUUUCGUGUUCUACUUCGACCGGCUAGCGUGCAUCAUGGUAGAACGGGCCCUCGAUACCACCCCAUUCGUUCCAGUAACGGUAACCACACCCCAAAAACAGAUCUAUCAUGGCCUUCGACCAGCUGGCACGAUAUCCGCUGUUGCAAUCCUUCGCGGCGGUUCCUGUUUAGAGACUGGCUUAAAAAAGACGAUACCGGAUUGCAUAACCGGCAGAGUCCUUAUCCAAACAAAUUACCGCACCGGCGAACCGGAGCUACACUACCUUAAGCUCCCCCACGGUAUUAAUACCCACGCCUCUGUCCUGCUCCUUGAUCCACAAAUGUCAAGUGGUGGAGCUGCAUUAAUGGCAGUGCGAGUCCUUGUCGAUCAUGGGGUGGAAGAAGGGCGCAUCAUCUUUGUAACCUUCGCUGCAGGCCAACGAGGUUUGCAGAGACUAACUGCUGUAUAUCCCGAUAUCAAAGUAGUGGUGGGACGGAUAGAAGAUGAGGGUGAAGAGAGAUGGAUUGAGAAACGUUAUUUUGGGUGCUAG